AUGGAAGGUUAGUAAUAGGAUUAGAAGCUUUAGGAAGAAGCAUUUAAGACAGAUUAGAUGAAUUAAGCAGAAUAAAUUUCAGACUAAUAGAACUAGCAAGGCUGCGAAUAGGAUUUAGAAGAAGCAAAUUAUGUUGGGCUUUCUAACAUUGGAGCGACAUGUUAUAUGAAUAGUGUGUUAUAGACUCUAUUUAUGACUCCAGAGUUCAGAGAAAAUAUAUAUUAAUGGAAAUAUGAUUCAGACGAUUCGUAGGCAGAAGACUGUAUUCCUUUAUAAUUGUAGAUUUUAUUUGCUAAAAUGCAGUUAAGGUCUUUUCCAUACGUAGAUACAAAGGAUUUAGCCAAAAGCUUUGGCUGGGAUAAUUAGGAUGGAUGGGAAUAGCAUGACACUUAAGAAUUUGUUAGAAUACUUUUAGAUGCAAUAGAAAAGAGUGUUCAUGGAAGCAAAAAUUAUAAUUUUAUAAAUGACAUAUAUGAAGGAACUUCAGCCAAUUAUGUCAAGUGCAUGGAAUGCAAUUAUGAAAGCAUAACACAAGAAAAUUUUUUGGAUUUAGUUGUCACUGUCAAAAAUAUUUAUGACAAAAUAUACAAUGAUUCACUCGAAAAAGCAGUUUAGCGUUACAUCAAGCCUGAGACCCUGGAUAAUGAUAAUAAGUAUAUGUGCUCUAAAUGCAAUAAAAAAGUUAAAGCACUGCGUGGUACUAGGUUCUGUAAGCUACCAAAAAUUCUCAGCUUUAUUAUGAAUAGAUUUACUUUUGAUUUUUCUGAUAUGAAGAGAUUAAAAUUAGAUGAUUAUGUGAGUUUUCCUUUUGUGCUGAAUAUGAAUGAAUAUAUAAACGGAUACGACAAUAUCAAAAAUAAACUCAGCGAAGAAGUUGAUCCUUCUUAUUUCAAAAGUGAUUAUACUAUAAAGCCUCCUGUAAAUAAAACAAAAAUUGGUUUAACAACAACUAAAACUGCUAAAAUUAGCAGUGUUACUACUUAAAUUAAAAAAAAAGUACCUAUUAAAUCUGCAUCUAAUUAGACAAGAGAUUUUUUAAAGAAUUUAAGAACCCAAAAGAAAUUUUAAACUGAUGAAGCUGCAGGCGGAAUAAAUUCAAAUGGAAGUUCAUAACAAGGAAUGUUUAUUGAAUUUGAUUAGAAUAGUAUUGAUAAAUAAUAAGAUGCAGAAUUGCAAAAAGCCAUACAACUUUCUCUAAUUGAAUCACAAAUACAUGAAAAAACUGGAGAGAGCAAGGAGAGUGGAAACAAUCAAAAUAAUUCUUCUGCUGAAACAGCCGAUACUCUCACAGAUAGUUAAAAUCAUUUAAAUUUUAAUCCUGCUGGUCCUUCUCCUGAUCCUUUGUAAAAUAAAAAGCAAUUAUGUGGAGCUGGAGUUGCCUAAGUUGUCUCAGACUUUUAAAAUAUUUAAAUGCAAGAUAAUGUGAUAUAAGAAGAAGAAUAGAAGUGUAAUUCUUAGAUAGUAGAGGAAAAUUUUAAUGAAGAAAAUGAAGGACAAUUAACUCCAAAUGGAAAGUCAAGCAGUUUAAUAAAUUAAAAAGGUAUCAAUUUAUCCAACUCAAAAGCUUCUAGCUCUAGGAUAAAUAGGCAUCUCUCAAAUAAAAAGCCAUCUACAAUUUAAUAAGGAUCUUCAAAUACUAUAACUUCAUCUACUAAUUAAGGACAAUAAAGAGAACACAGUACUAAUAAACGAGAUCAAGAGGAAAAGAAUAAAUAGGAUUACAAAAAAAUAUUGGCAGAGCACUUGUAAAAAAAUACCUAAGAUUGCAAUCAGCUGAUAGAAAAAUAUUUAAAAGAUGGCCCUCUCGUUUAUGAGCUCUAUUCAAUAUUAAUCCAUUCAGGAGGUGCAUAUGGAGGUCACUACUAUGCAUAUAUUAAAGCUUUUGAAGAUGGUGGAAAGUGGCAUUCUUUUAAUGACACAUCAAUCAUGGAAAUAGAUGUCAACGAAAUACAAGAAAGAGUAUUUGGUGGAAAUUCAACUAAUGCUUACAUGUUAUUUUACAGAUAGUGGGAACCACCAUAAAGAAGGAAAUUAAAGAUAGAUAAUUUACUGAUUCCUAAAAACGUAAUAGAUAUUAUUGAAGUGCAAAAGAACAAAUGGGUUGAAGAAUAAAACUGGAAAUUAGAACAGUCUAAAAUGAUGUCAGUUAAAGUUCACUACAUUUUAAAUGUCAAAGUUAUUCAAGUGAAAUCAACUGAUACGCUCUCAAAAGUACUCGAUUCAGUCAUUUAAGAGUUUAAAAUCAAAGAAAAGAGAGAAAACAUUAGACUAAGAAGAUACAAGCCAAAUACAGAUUAGAUGCUAGACACUUUUGAAGAGCUGGAACAUUUGAGCUUAGAUAAGCUAAAGAUUAACCAUUUUACUAAUUUAUGUGUUGAAGUUAAAAAAGAUGGAGAACAGUUCGAAGAAUAUGACGCUGGCACUACUUUUGUUAAAAUGGCAGUUUGGAAGCCUAAUAUUAUUUCUCUUGAUGAAAAUUAUUUGGAUAUAAUAAGAGUUUCAACUAGGAGAAAUGCAACUAUUUAUAGAUUAAUGGAGUAGCUUGCAAGGGCUGCAAAUAUUGACUUCGAGAAGAUUGUGGUUAUCAAAAAACAUGAGAAUAUUCAUGGAAUUAACACUGCAGAGGUGAUUUCUACAUCUUAAAAUUACGAUUCUAGACUCGAAGACAUGGGAAUAACAGAAGGAUAGCUUUUAUUUAUAGAAGAAAAGCAGCUGUAGACAUCGACAAACACGUUAGAGAAUUAGGAGCAUAAGUGGCAAGAAGUCUUUGAGAGUGACUCGAAUAAAAUAUUUAUAAAAUUUAAUAACCCAAUAGAAUAAUAAUAGCAAUAAUCAAAGACAACAAGUAAUAUUGAAUAUAAUCAUUCUAUUAUCAUAGACUCAAGGUAGACUAUGUAGCAGCUUAAAGAAAAAAUAUCUGAGUAAUUAAAAAUAGAUCCUGUAGAAGUUAUUAUCAGGAGAGGAGGUAAAGCAGGCAUUGAGCUUAAAGAAAUGAAUAAAACAAUUAGAUCUAUGAAUUUUAUUAAUAACUCUUCGAUUUAUUUAGAGCUUGGAAAGCCUGCAAAGGAAGGAGAAAUUAGAGUAAUAUUUUAUUUAGCAAUAAAAACACCAUUAAAUGCAGAUUAGAUUUUGCACACUUUUGAAGAAAUAGGUGAGCUUCCAAUUCAUGGAAAUCUUCUAGCUUCAGAAGUGAAAGUUAUUGCUUGUUAGUUUUUAAAGGAAAAGAAGGACAUAGAUUUAGAUCCUAAUUUUAUUAGACUACGUGAAAAAAUUUCUGAUAAUUUAACUAGAAUUUAUAGGGAAAAGAAAAUGAGAGAGCAGUAAGUUAUAGAAAAAAAGAUGAUUGCUAUAGAAUAAAUAGACGAACCUAUAGAAAUUAGUCUUAAAGAAUUUCUUAUUUAUGUGAGGAUUUGGGAUUAACAACAAUGGACUCUUUCAGAUAGAUUUGAGUUACUUGUUUAAAAAACUGACUCAGGCUAUGACCUUGAAUAAAAAAUUUAUAAAUAAAAUCAACAGAUACCAAUUGGACAAAUGUCAGCAAUGAAAAUAAAUGUUUGGAAUUUCAAUUUAUCAUAGCUGCUUAAUGAAGAUUGGUAUAAUUUAGAUAGCAGCGAUGUGAGUAUUUCACUACAUCCUUUCCAUAUUAUGAAUGAUGGAAAUAUGAUUAUAAUCAAAAACAAAACUUAAACUCCAAGAGAGCUAACAGACGAAGAGGUUAAACAAAUGGGUAUAAUUUAAUGUAAAUAAGCUUAUAAAAAAGUUGGGGUGAAACACAUUUCUCAGUAAAAAGAAAAAGCCCUCUCAAUCAAAGUUAAAAAAAAAGAAAGUUAGAAAGAUGGAAUUCUCAGUUGUGGUAAAGAAAAUAGCGAAUAAAAGGAAAGUUUAUAAAAUGCUGCUUUCCUUUAAAGUUAGUAAUAAGUUUCACAACAAAAUCAUAAUAAAAAAGAAUAAAAUAGCUAAAAUGAAAUGAAAUAAAAUGAUGAUAUAUAGUAAACUGAUAAUUAAAAUAACCCAAAAACAAAUUGA